AUGAACUUUGGCUGGAGUCUGAAGUGGCUCAAGUGCGCAGUUCAGCAGUUGAAGGGGUGUAGCUGGCGGCUCAUGGGCUCUGCCGCUGGCGUGAGUAUCGAGGAUGCGCGCGGAGCCGAAGUUCGUGCCUUCCAUUCCCUCAAGACGCGCGUGCACCAAUCCGGGACUUCAGGGGCGGAGGCGCAGCCCUCGGAGCCGCUCCCCCGUGAGAGGAGAAAAUGCCACCGAGUCGCCCACGUCACGUCCGAUGAGUGUGCGGAGUUGGCCAGCUCCAUGAAAGAGGAGUGCCUAGGCACAAGUGCCUCGUUCCGGGUUCACCGCACCGGUGGCCACUCCAUUGGGGUUAAUGACUAUACCCGACAGCUGGCGCGAGGCAGGUUGAGAUUGCUGACGCGCUUGCCAGGGUCCCCCGGGCUGAGUGCAUAG